CUGUCACUAAGAACAGUUCCUCAAUCUCUCGCCGUUAAAAUAAAUUCCCCUGAGAAACCGUUGAUAUCUGGUCUUUGGAAGUUCAAAUCUAGUCCAAAGCCUUCAAUCAUCGUCUCAUGAUCUCUCAUUUGUUUCUUUCGUCUUUGAUUGGAAUUCAACUGUUAAAGUUUGUUUUCAUUGCAUUUUCUGUCCUUUUCUGAACUUCCUCGGCGCCGGAAUAUUACUUUUCCGACGUUUUUUAUGUUCAGGUCUUUGAAAUUUUAUUAUUGGAGAUAUUCUACGGUGAUAGGAUUAUAAUUUAACAGCUAUUACAGUCCUAUGAUUGUCAAUUUCAGUUCCUUGUGGUUUGUUCUACAUGGAAGCACCGGUUGCAGUAGAGGAAAAUGAUGAACACCGGGUUGAGGAGAGUUCUGGUGGAAAUAUUAGCUCUCAAUCUUCACCAAACCAGAUUGCAGACCCUGUUGUGUACAAACUCGUUCGGGUAGAAGGUGAUGGAAGAUUAGUCCCUGCUACGGAUGAUGAACUCAUGGAGGUUGAGGACUUGCUUGAAGAUGAGAAAAGUGAUCUGCCUUUAGUUGUAGACACUGGACAAGCUGAAGUGCUCCUUUGUAAUGGAGGAAUUACCUCUGUGGAGACUAAUUUAGAGUGUUCAGAAGGUUUUGCACAAUCUGAAAAGAAAGAAAUCAAUGCGGAAAAGUUGAAUGCUCGGCUGGAGUUUAUUGGUGUGAUGUUGCAAAAGGUUAAACAGGAAGAGAAGCUCCGUUUAUCAGGUGAAUCUCCUGACAGUUCUGAUUACGUGAAUCUAGAUGGCAAGUGUUCUGAUCAGCAUGGGAAGUUGCUAGCUAGUGAUGAGAAAUUUCAACCCGAAAAAACAUUGCUGGAAACUUUGCCUUUACCAUCAACCAGUUUAAAUAACAGUGAUGCUAAUGAAUCAGGAAGCGUGGAAACAUGCUCAAAACCUAAAGAUGGUCCAAUAAAUCAUGGAUCUUUAGCUUCUGCCAUCUCCACUGGUUUGAAGCCUGAUUUUUCUAGAUUUAAGGGGGAAAUAUGCUUGGACAAUCUCACAAUUAGAGAACUUCAUGAGACUUUCAAAGCAACAUUUGGGAGAGAAACCUCUGUCAAGGACAAGUUAUGGCUUAAGAGGCGGAUUACUAUGGGAUUAACUAAUUCUUGUGAUGUUUCAAUCACACCAUUUAUUAUUAGAGAUAAAACCUUGGUGAGGAAAGUUGACAAAGAAAGUAGGAAGGAUGCAGAUGGUACUCUGCACAUGGGACAAGAUAUCGUAAAAGAUAACUCUAAAGAGUCACCAUCCAGUGCAACUAACCAAAUGGAAGGUAGGAAGCUUAUCUCUGGCAAAAGAUUGAGGAAACCAAAUGUUGAAUAUGGUUGUAAAAUUGAAGGUAAUAACCAAACAGAAGAGAGAGCGGUCAAGAGAGUUCGAAAGCCCACUAGACGAUACAUUGAAGAGCUUUCAGAGGUUGAGUGCAGGGAAUGUACUGGGAGGUUGGUAUCUUCCGUUAAAAAAUCUGGACAUUAUCAACCCUCGCCAAUUUCUCAUGUCAGGCAUGCUUGUAACACGCAUUCCGAAAGGACAACGUUUGUCACUAGGGAGGACUCUCUAGGAGGGUCUGGUGUUCAGGUCCCUUAUGUUUCUAGGGUGCGAAGAGGGCGUCCCAGGAAAAACUUCAUGGCUCUUAUGAAAUUCCAUCCUAGUGGAAUGGGGGUGGCAGCAAAACUGGUGAAAAAGGCCCUUGGUGUUCGUAUGUCUCAGCCAGAUAGUGAUAUUGCAAACAAAAUCUGGAGAAGUGGUUCUAACCCUAAACGAACUCAGCAACCAUUCAUUGUUAAUGCAAAGAAUGAAAGGAAACCUGUGGUAAUAAGCUCACUUGAGCAGCGGAGAAAUGUGGAGCAGGAAAACUUAGAUCCAUAUGGAAGUAAUUCAGAUGAUAAUAUAUCUACAGUAUCAACUACUAAAGGUGGAACCAGAAGAAAACAUCAUCGUGCAUGGACUCUCUGCGAGGUUAUGAAGCUGGUUGAGGGGGUAUCUAGGUAUGGAGCUGGAAGGUGGGCUGAGAUCAAACGGAUUGCGUUUGCAUCCCAAACAUACCGCACUUCUGUUGAUCUGAAGGAUAAGUGGAGGAACCUUCUGAGAGCUAGUUUUGCACAGUCAACUGGUGACAAAGGGGAUAUGCAGAAUAAAAGUUGUCGUAAGCAUGCCUCGAUACCCAUACCUGCACCUAUUCUCUUACGUGUGAGAGAGCUUACAGAGAUGCACACACAAGUUGCGCCCGAUUUGAGCUCAAACAAAAUGGCUAGAAGUGGUGUGAGAAAUGUACAUGAAACAAGAUCUGGGUACCUGUAGAUGUAUAUGCAACAUUAAGGUUAGAAAUUAAAAACUGUUUCAUCCAUUGUAUCU